UCAAAGAACUAGGAGGAACAAGGGGCCAGAAGGUCAGUCGUAAAGAAUAAAAGGUGGCAGCUUCCAGCAACAGCACAUACCUGCUUCUCUCUCUGACCACCUGUACGCUCCCAGACCUGACAUCAUGGUGCAUUUUAGUGCUGAGGAGAAGGCUGCUAUCACUGGCCUGUGGGGCAAGGUGCAUGUGGAAGAGGCUGGAGGCGAGGCCCUGGGCAGGCUCCUGGUUGUUUACCCCUGGACCCAGAGGUUCUUUGACAACUUUGGCAACCUGUCCUCUGCCUCUGCCAUUAUGGGUAACCCCAAGGUCAAGGCCCAUGGCAAGAAGGUGCUGACUUCUUUUGGAGAAGCUAUUAAGAACAUGGACAAUCUCAAGGGCUCCCUUGCUAAGCUGAGUGAGCUGCACUGUGACAAGCUACACGUGGAUCCUGAGAACUUUAGGCUCCUGGGCAACGUACUGGUGAUCAUUCUGGCUUCUCAUUUUGGCAAGGAGUUCACCCCUGAGGUGCAGGCUGCUUGGCAGAAGCUGGUGGCUGGUGUUGCCACUGCUCUGGCCCACAAGUACCAUUGAGUCCUCUUUCCAGUUCAGCAGUACCCUUCUGUGCCCCCAGUGUUCUCCUGCAUAUGGGGAUUCGGGUUUGGCCUUGAAAGCACAGCUUCCAUUUAAUAAAGCUCAUUCUAUUCCAUAAUCAGAAA